GAGGAACCCUAAAAGCAUCUUAACCGAGGAAAAAAAACCCAUCGAAGCUGAAGACAACGAGGCAUCCCGGGCAAAAAAGAUAACAAAAAAUCCAAAACAAAUACAUUUCAGCUGAAGAACUUAACCUGAUUCUGGCUCGGAAUGAGUCUUCUAUCAUUUGCUGUCCUUUUGGGGACGGCAAUCACGGUGUUCAGCGAAAAGCACUCUCUCUCUUACAUCUACACGGCCUUUUCCAAUCCUGUGGAUCUGCCAGGGUUUCAUGAGUUCACUGCCAUGGGUUUACUGGACAACCGAAUGAUUGACUACUAUGACAGUGACAACCAAAUAAAAGUUCCCAAACAGGACUGGAUGAAAGAGCAUCUUGACCAAGAGUACUGGGAGAAAGGCACCCAGUCCAGAAAGAGCAAGCAGCAAUGGUUCAAGGUCAACAUCGACAUAUUGAUGAAACGAAUGAGACAGAAUGACACAGACACCCAUAUUCUUCAGUGGAUGCAUGGCUGUGAGGGUGAAACUCAGUCUAAUGGGACGAUGACGUUUGUCCGUGGGAUGGACAUGUACAACUAUGAUGGAAACGACUUUCUGUCCUUUGACGAUGACAAACAGGUUUGGGUUGCUCCCAUUCAUGCAGCAGAAGAAACCAAGAGGAAGUGGGAUGAGGUCCAGGUGCUGAAGGAAUACACAAAGGGCUACCUGGAGAAGGAAUGCAUGGAAUGGAUGAGCAAGUUUAGAGACUUUGGGAAAGAGAAGCUUCAAAGAGCCACUCCACCUACAGUGCAUUUGUUCACUCGUAAGGCCAACGUCGAGACGAACACCAUUUUGACAUGUCUGGCUACGGGCUUCUAUCCAAAAGACAUCAUUCUGCAUAUCAAAAGAAAUGGCCGGAUCCUUACUAAGGAGGACAGGGUACAGACCGAUGGAGUUCUCCCAAAUCAUGACGACACCUUUCAGAGAAGAGAUUAUGUAGAGAUCUUGAAGUCUGAUGUUGCCAACUACACCUGUGAAGUUAAACAUCCUGCCUCUUCAAUGCACAUUGAAACGAGUUUGGAGCCCAAAGGAGAAGGAAAUUCACUCGUCAUCAUUGCUGCUAUUAUCCCUAUCCUGAUCGUGCUUGUAGGUGUACUUGCUUUCCUUAAGUUUAAGACACACUAUCUUGAUUGCUGUAAAGGCUCAACUCAUUCAUGUCUAGAGUAUGUGACCACCUCCAGCAACUCUGAUGGCGAAAAGCAGGGCACCAAUGGUCACGUGAUUCAAAACAACGGCAUCAAUGGUCACAUGAUUCAAAACAACGGCACCAAUGGUCACAUGAUUCAAAACAACGGUACAGGAGAUAACAGCGCUACCACACCCCUCAUGAGUGAAACUGAAGGUACAGAAGAUAACAGCGCUACCACACCCCUCAUGAGUAACACUGAAGGAAACGCUGAUGGAGAGGGAGACAACAACAGUCAAGGUACAGGAGAUAACAGCGCUACCACACCCCUCAUGAGUAACACUGAAGGAAACGCUGAUGGAGAGGGAGACAACAACAGUCAAGAAAAGCACUCUCUCUAUUACAUCUACACGGCCUUUUCCAAGCCUGUGGAUCUGCCAGGGUUUCAUGAGUUCACUGCCAUGGGAUUACUGGACAACCGAAUGAUUGACUACUAUGACAGUGACAACCAAAUAAAAGUUCCCAAACAGGACUGGAUGAAAGAGCAUCUUGACCAAGAGUACUGGGAGAAAGGCACCCAGUCCAGAAAGAGCAAGCAGCAAUGGUUCAAGGUCAACAUCGACAUAUUGAUGAAACGAAUGAGACAGAAUGACACAGACACCCAUAUUCUUCAGUGGAUGCAUGGCUGUGAGGGUGAAACUCAGCCUGAUGGGACGAUGACGUUUGUCCGUGGGAUGGACAAGUACAACUAUAAUGGAAACGACUUUCUGUCUUUUGACAAUGAUGAACAGGUUUGGGUUGCUCACAUUCAUGCAGCAGAAGAAACCAAGAGGAAGUGGGAUGAGGUCCAGGUGCUGAAGGAAUACACAAAGGGCUACCUGGAGAAGGAAUGCAUGGAAUGGAUGAACAAGUUUAUAGACUUUGGGAAAGAGCAGCUUCUAAGAGCCACUCCACCUACAGUGCAUUUGUUCACUCGUAAGGCCAACGUCGAGACGAACACCAUUUUGACAUGUCUGGCUACGGGCUUCUAUCCAAAAGACAUCAUUCUGCAUAUCAAAAGAAAUGGCCGGAUCCUUACUAAGGAGGACAGGGUACAGACCGAUGGAGUUCUCCCAAAUCAUGACGACACCUUUCAGAGAAGAGAUUAUGUAGAGAUUUUGAUGUCUGAUGUUGCCAACUACACCUGUGAAGUUAAACAUCCUGCCUCUUCAAUGCACAUUGAAACGAGUUUGGAUUGCUCUGAAGGCUCAACUCAUUCAAGUCUAGAUGAUGUGACCACCUCCAGCACCAAUUGUCACAUGAUUCAAAACAACGGCACCAAUGGUCACAUGAUUCAAAACAACGGUACAGGAGAUAACAGCGCUACCAUACCCCUCAUGAAUAAAACUGAAGGAAACGCUGAUGGAGAGGGUGACAACAACAGUCAAGAAAAGCACUCUCUCUAUUACAUCUACACGGCCUUUUCCAAGCCUGUGGAUCUGCCAGGGUUUCAUGAGUUCACUGCCAUGGGAUUACUGGACAACCGAAUGAUUGACUACUAUGACAGUGACAACCAAAUAAAAGUUCCCAAACAGGACUGGAUGAAAGAGCAUCUUGACCAAGAGUACUGGGAGAAAGGCACCCAGUCCAGAAAGAGCAAGCAGCAAUGGUUCAAGGUCAACAUCGACAUAUUGAUGAAACGAAUGAGACAGAAUGACACAGACACCCAUAUUCUUCAGUGGAUGCAUGGCUGUGAGGGUGAAACUCAGCCUGAUGGGACGAUGACGUUUGUCCGUGGGAUGGACAAGUACAACUAUGAUGGAAACGACUUUCUGUCUUUUGACAAUGAUGAACAGGUUUGGGUUGCUCACAUUCAUGCAGCAGAAGAAACCAAGAGGAAGUGGGAUGAGGUCCAGGUGCUGAAGGAAUACACAAAGGGCUACCUGGAGAAGGAAUGCAUGGAAUGGAUGAACAAGUUUAUAGACUUUGGGAAAGAGCAGCUUCUAAGAGCCACUCCACCUACAGUGCAUUUGUUCACUCGUAAGGCCAACGUCGAGACGAACACCAUUUUGACAUGUCUGGCUACGGGCUUCUAUCCAAAAGACAUCAUUCUGCAUAUCAAAAGAAAUGGCCGGAUCCUUACUAAGGAGGACAGGGUACAGACCGAUGGAGUUCUCCCAAAUCAUGACGACACCUUUCAGAGAAGAGAUUAUGUAGAGAUUUUGAUGUCUGAUGUUGCCAACUACACCUGUGAAGUUAAACAUCCUGCCUCUUCAAUGCACAUUGAAACGAGUUUGGAGCCCAAAGAAGGAAAUUCACUCGUCAUCAUUGUUGCUAUUAUCUCUCUCCUGAUCGUGCUUGCCAUUGGUGUACUUGCUUUCCUUAAGUUGAACACACACUAUAUAGAUUGCUCUGAAGGCUCAACUCAUUCAAGUCUAGAUGAUGUGACCACCUCCAGCACCAAUUGUCACAUGAUUCAAAACAACGGCAUCAAUGGUCACAUGAUUCAAAACAACGGUACAGGAGAUAACAGCGCUACCACACCCCUCAUGAAUAAAACUGAAGGAAACGCUGGUGGAGAGGGAGACAACAACAGUCAAGAAAAGCACUCUCUCUAUUACAUCUACACGGCCUUUUCCAAGCCUGUGGAUCUGCCAGGGUUUCAUGAGUUCACUGCCAUGGGUUUACUGGACAACCGAAUGAUUGACUACUAUGACAGUGACAACCAAAUAAAAGUUCCCAAACAGGACUGGAUGAAAGAGCAUCUGGACCAAGAGUACUGGGAAAAAGGCACCCAGUCCAGAAAGAGCAAGCAGCAAUGGUUCAAGGUCAACAUCGACAUAUUGAUGAAACGAAUGAGACAGAAUGACACAGACACCCAUAUUCUCCAGUGGAUGCAUGGCUGCGAGGGUGAAACUCAGCCUGAUGGGACGAUGCAGUUUGUCCGUGGGAUGGACAUGUACAACUAUGAUGGAAACGACUUUCUGUCCUUUGACGAUGACAGACAGGUUUGGGUUGCUCCCAUUCAUGCAGCAGAAGAAACCAAGAGGAAGUGGGAUGAGGUCCAGGUGCUGAAGGAAUACACCAAGGGCUACCUGGAGAAGGAAUGCAUGGAAUGGAUGAGCAAGUUUAGAGACUUCGGGAAAGAGCAGCUUCUAAAAGCCAGUCCACCUACAGUGCAUUUGUUCACUCGUAAAGCCAAGUCUGAGACAAACACAAUUUUGACAUGUCUGGCUACGGGUUUCUUACCAAAGGACAUCACUCUGUAUAUCAAAAGAAAUGGACGUGUCCUGACUCUAGAGGACGGGUUGGUGAGCACUGGAGUUCUCCCAAAUAAUGACGACACCUUCCAGAGAAGAGAUCAUGUAGAGAUUUUGAAGUCUGAUGUUUCCAUCUACACCUGUGAAGUUAAUCAUCGUGCCUCUAAAAUGCGUGUUGAAGAGAAAUGGGAUCACAUUAUUGUGGAAGACAAUAAGAAUAUGCCCAUCGCCAUUGGUGCUGCUGUCACUAUUCUGAUUGUGGUUGCAGCCAUUGGUGGGAUACUUAUUUACCUUAAGAAGAAGACACGCCGACUUGAUUGCCCUGAGGGCUCAACUCAUUCAAGUCUAGAGUAUGUGGCCACCUCCAGCACCAAUGGUCACGUGAUUCAAAGCAACGGCACCAAUGGUCACAUGAUUCAAAACAACGGUACAGGAGAUAACAGCGCUACCACACCCCUCAUGAGUAAAACUGAAGGAGGCGCUGGUGCAGAUGGAGACAACUGCAGCCAAGAAAGUGGGAUUUCAUCUGGACCAUCGGACAAAAGCAGUCAACCAGACACUGGUACAAGCACACCUGAUGAGAACCAGUCCCUCAUCGAUAGUGGUCUAGAUACUGUGACCACCUCCAGCGCCAAUGGUGACCAUGAUAGCCAAAAGAAGGAUCAACCAGUCACCGAUAUAAACACACCUGAUGAAAAACAAAAACUCCUUAAUGGUGAUUCAUCCUCCAAUCCAAGUCUGGAUUCUGCGAUCUCCUCUGCUUCCAAUUUCACAGACUCCUCUGGAACAGAUGGAAAUUCCAGAGAUCCAAACCCAGCAAAUGAAAUUAAUCUGCUGCAGCAAAAUUUGCCUCCGUCUUCUCCAUUGACUGAGCCACCUAAGUCUCCACAACAUCCACCAGAGUUGCCUUUGGAUGAAACAAAUCUUCAGGCUAUAUUAGCAAAACUAUACAGCAAGGUUGAUAUGACUUUCUCUCCUACAAGCAACCAAAUAAAUGUGUGCAGAGACAGGAUUUUAGAAUGGAGCCUGCAUGCCUUCAGAAGACGCCGUUUUGAUCCAGCAGCAAAACUGAAUGUUAUUUUUGUGGAUGAAGAGGACAACGCUGAAGGGGCAGUUUAUGAAGGUGGUCCCACACGGGAGUAUCUAAGACUGUUAAUGAGGGCCAUUCAUCAAUCUAAUGUCUUUGAGGGGCGUGAGAAUGACCGCCAUCUAGCUUUGGACACUAGUGGGCUGGAGUCAAAAAUGUACAACUGUAUUGGAAAAAUGAUUUCAGUCUGUUUGGUGCAUGGAGGCAUUGGACCACAUUUCUUCUCUCAAAGGCUGUAUGACCAGAUUUGUGGCACAUUGUCUCAACCUACCCUGGUUGAGGAAGUUGUUAACCAUUCAUUCAGACAGCAGUUGAUCAAAAUUCAGGAUACAAACACAAUCGUGGAGGCAAACGAAGCCAUUAUGCAGGCAGCAGAUACCCUGAGCACUGUUGGAGCAUUAAGGCGUGUAACUACUCUGGAAGAGAGGGAUUCCCUUGUGCGAUCUGCUGCAGACUUCUUUGUAAAUGGCCGAGUGUGCACUGCAUUGCAACAGUUUAUGGAAGGUUUGAAGACUCUUAAUGUGCUAGACGAGAUUCAGAAAAACCCUGCAGUCUUUCAUGAAUUGUUUGUCUGUAAGGAGAAACCACUCUUUGCACGGGACCUGAACACACUUUUCCAAGUGUGUUUUUCUGUGCAAGGCAGCAAUAAAAGGAGGAUAGAAAAUCAAACCAUAUGCUACUGGAGAGACUGGUUGGUGGAUAUUGAAGAAGAAGAAUGCAGUCCCAUUACCCUUAAAAUGAUACUGGAGUUCGCUUCCGGAGCAUCCACAGUACCUCCACUGGGCUUUCCCCAUCGUCCAAAAAUUGAAUUCCUCCAUGAGGCUAACAGAGUCUUCCCAGAAGCAAAUACUUGCCUUGUAGUACUCCGCCUUCCUGUACACCCAGACUAUGAGUCUUUCACAAAGCACAUGACAGACGGGGUGCUGCAGGCACCUACCUUUGGUGUUGCAUAAUCAGCUAAGUGUAAUAAGCAGUUCUUUUAAAAAAGAGUUGGAACGUUUUGAAAAGUUAAGUGUUUUAAAGCAAGUUAUAGUAAGGGUAAUGUAAUGGCCAAACUUGGAAAAUAUUGAAAUGUAAUGUAAUUGCUUCUUCUUUUUUUUUCUUGCAAAGAAUAGAUGUCUUAUUAACCACUUUUUGGUUUCAUAAUUUAAAGGUGGAUGUUUGAGCCACACUGCAAAAACAAAAGGUCUUAUCAAGUAUUUUUGGACUACUUUCUAGUGCAAAUUUCUUAGUACACUAGAGAUAAAACUAAUAUACAUGUAACUUUUCAUCAAGAUAUGAGCUUGUUUUAAGUCUAAUUAUUUAGCAUUGUUUAAAAAAUAGUUACAUUGGCAUAUUAAUUUCACUUAUAACUGGACAUCUUUCCCUUGCUAUAAGUGAAGUAAUCUGACAAUGUAAUAAGUCCUUCUUCAUCAAUAUUAAGGAAACAAUGACUUAAAACAAGCUCAUAUCUUGAUAAAAAGUUACUUAUAUCUUACUUGUGACUUAUUUGAAGUGAUUUUUGCACUGGAAAAUCUUAGGUAAGUUUUUUUUUUGUUUUUUCUGUGUAAAUGGGCAUUGUAGUUUAAUCUUUUGUAAUGAUUGUUCUAGUUCAUGUAAUGCUCAUUUGGAUUAAAAACAAAAUCCAAUUCUAAAGAUGCUCAAAGGUUCCAAAAUAUAAAUUUGAAAAGGGGGUUGGGAUAUACUAGUCAUUUCUACAUGAACAUUUCCAAAAGUAGAAUUUUUAUUGUUCUUUCCCUCUCCAGAAUGUGUAAUUAAUUUGUCAUGUCUUUAAACACCUUAACAUUUUAUAAUUAAAUUUGUAAGGUUACAUACUCAUAUCAGUUCUGAGUUUUAUUUGUAGUAAUUGUAUCUUUAUAACAAUGCAUUUGAUCAAAUGUUCUUGAUGUUUGUCACUCCUCAAACAUAGUGACAUGUACUUAAAUCAAUAAAGCAUUUGCUAUUUCUGCACAA